ACGAUCACGGUAGCUUUCUUGCAGAACACCGAGGUGGCGCCACAUUCCCAGUCCAAGGGAGACGUGGAUUCAAAAAGUCGACGAAGUCCUCGUAGCUCCUCCCAAGCCCCCUGAGGAAUCUUUCGGAGGAUUCAGAGUGUUCGGAGCUUUCAGAGUCCCGCAUGUGAGCAGCCGACGCUGCCGCAAUCGGCUCGGCAGCGCUCUUCCCCGCGUACUGUCAAAAGCCAGCGUCAGUGAAAGAAGAAUCUUUGUGCGGUUUUGAGUUUGCCACGACGUGAUUCUUUUGUGAUCGCUGUUCGUUACAGCGGUGCAGCUUGUUGGAUAGCGCAACGGCACUCUUACAGCUCUGGAUUUAUCUGCAUUUGCGAUAGGAUGGACGAGGUCAGCAUUGUUUUGACUUCUUGAGCAAUGCCUGCCCGCUGCACAGGGGGCACCGAAAGUGACUGUCAAGCUACUUGAAAGCCGUUUGUCAGCAUGGAGACGAGCUGAACGCGGGACCGCAGCACACAGCCGCCACUGCCCGUGCCGACGUUGUAGGGUAGAACUGCGCCAAGCGGCGGGCGUUCCUCGGGCCUCCUCCUCGCGCGAUGGACCACUCGGUGAAGGCGAUGCACCGCAAGGCGGCCUUCUCGAGACUGCUGCGCGGCCGGCGCUUCGAGAACGCCGACCUGGAGCAGCUGUACCAGCGCUACACUUUCAAGCUGCAGCAGUCCUCGAUCGCCAGCGUCCUGGGGCUGCUGGUGACGCUGAACGUGACGCUGGCCUCGAUCGACCUGGCGUACCGUCGCGGCUCGCCCUCCCUGCUCGGGCUGCUGCACCUGGUGCACGGCCUGCUGUUCCUGGGCGCCUUCAGCUUCAUGGCCCUGCGCAGGCUCGAGGACUCGGCCCUGCUGGCCCUGUGUCACGGCGCGCUGGCGCUCGCCUCCACCUUCUCGCUCCUGUCCAUGCCGUGGUCGGUGGGCGACGGCUUCUGGCAGCUGCGGUGGGGCGGCCCCGCCGACGGCCUCUGGGAGCUGCUGUUCGUGCUCUUCCUGGCCUACACCAUGCUUCCGGUGCGCACGAGGGUCGCGCUGCUGCUGGGCGCCGCCCUGUGCGUCGUGCACGCGCUGUGCGCCGUCUUCUGCGCCCACGUCCCGCCCGGACAGGACAGGACGGUGCAGGUUGCUGCCAAUGUGCUGGUGUUUGUGUGCGGACACCUGGUGGGGGUGUUUGUGCAUUCCAUCAUGGAGCACGCUCAACGGAAGGCUUUUCUGGACACGAGGAACUGCAUCAAUGCCCGCCUGCACAUGGAGGAUGAGAAUGAGAAACUUGAACGACUACUACUGAGUGUGUUGCCACAACAUGUCGCCAUGGAGAUGAAAGAAGACAUCAUAGCUCCUCGAGCUGGCCAGUUUCACAAGAUCUACAUACAAAAACAUGAAAAUGUCAGUAUCCUGUUCGCCGACAUUGUUGGCUUCACAGUGCUGGCCUCUCAGUGUAGCGCCCAGGAGUUAGUUAGGCUCCUGAAUGAGCUGUUUGGUCGCUUUGACCAGCUGGCCAAUGACAACCACUGUCUGCGCAUUAAAAUCUUGGGCGACUGCUACUACUGUGUGAGCGGCCUGCCUGAGCCUCGUUCAGACCACGCUCACUGCACUGUUGAGAUGGGGCUAGACAUGAUUGACGCUAUAGCGUCAGUCGUUGAGGCCACUGAGGUGCAGCUCAACAUGAGGGUGGGCAUUCACACGGGCCGGGUGCUGUGCGGAGUGCUGGGCCUGCGCAAAUGGCAGUACGAUGUCUGGUCCAACGACGUAACUUUGGCGAAUGCAAUGGAGGCUGGUGGCAUCCCAGGGCGUGUACACGUGACAGAGGCAACGGUAGAGUGUCUGCACGGCGAGUACCAGUUGGAACCAGGCAGAGGGCAGGAGCGCAACAGCUACUUGCGUGAACACAAUGUCAACACAUUCUUCAUUCGACCACCUGCACACAGGAGAAAGCAGACGAUGCUGUUUAACCAGCUGCACGUCCGACGCAUGGCUGGUCGCAAGCUGUCUUUCAAGAAUGUCUCCAAUGUCGUAGUACAGCUGUUGCACUCUAUCAAGUACAGCAUUGAUGUGCCCUUCGCCAACAUGGCCAUGCCUGGCCCCAGUGGUACAGCUGAGAAGCAGCCAAGCAAAAAGUUCAAGAUGACCGACAAACUGCACAAACCACUAAAGAAAAGGCAUUCUGUGGUAUACCAUCAACCAAGCAAUCGCAUAAAUAAGUACCUGGCACAGGCCAUCGAGGCCCGCAGUGUGGACCGAGAGAAAUCCAAUCAUGUCAACAUGGUCACCCUCUGGUUCAAGGACAAGACCAAGGAGGAACAGUACCACCGUGAGAAGGAUCACGGCUUUGGCAACAGCCUCGCUUGCAUCCUAGGAGUACUUCUCUUGCUGAGUGGAGUAGAGGCCACUGUGCUACCAAGGACCUUGAUUCUCGUGGUGCUGUCGGUGACUGCAUUUGUGUGUGUCUCCCUGUUUCUCAUCUUAGUCCUGGCUGCACAACUCAGGUGCAUCCACUGGGACAUCAGCCGUAAUUUCGUUCUGCGAAUGUUCAUCACAAUCUUCUCAUUGCUGCUCAUCUAUUCUGUAGCCCAAGUCAACAUGGUGUCGUGUAUGGCUGACUGCCACAAGGAUGCAAAUGAGACGACGGCAUUGCCGGCCAGUCCUCACGGUGCGGAGUGGCCGCACCGGUUGUGCCCGCUGCCCCAGUACCUGGUGGUGUGCUGCCUGCUGACGCUGCUGCCUGCCUCAGCCUUCCUGCGCCUACCACUCUUGGUCAAAGUGUUGCUGCUCUGCCCCAUGGGCAUCGCCUUUCUUGCCCUCGUCGAGAUCUCGCAUGCACAGGUCUUCUUCUGCUAUGACCAAAAUGCCCACACAUUGGUACCACUGCAUGUACUAGCUGUGGUGGGAAUCGUCCACAUGCUGAUGGCCGUGCUCAUCCAUGGUCGCCAAGUAGAGUGGACAGCUCGCCUCGAUUUUCUCUGGAACCUGCAGGCCAAUGAAGAAAAACAGGAAAUGCACGACCUAGAGAGCAGCAAUCGAAGAAUAUUAUUCAACCUACUUCCUGCGCACGUGGCAACUCAUUUUCUGGACAAUCAGCUAAGGAAUAACAUGGAGUUGUACCAUCAGUCUUACAGCCGUGUAGGUGUCAUGUUUGCCUCAAUACCAAACUUCCAUGAGUUCUACAUAGAACUGGAUGGCAACAAUCAAGGUGUUGAGUGCUUGAGGCUUCUGAAUGAGAUCAUUGCAGAGUUUGACCAGCUGCUGGAUGGUGAACAGUUCCGAGCCAUUGACAAGAUCAAGACAACUGGCAGUACAUAUAUGGCCGCCAUUGGGCUCAUGCCUGAUGCACGAAUCGGGGAUGACCACGAAUCUGGUGCCAGCUACAUGAGUACCAUGGCAGAGCUUGUGUUCACCAUGAAGGACUGCCUUGCUGACAUCAAUGAGAAUUCUUACAACAACUUCAUGCUUCGUGUUGGGCUCAACAUUGGUCCUGUAGUGGCAGGAGUGAUUGGAGCCCGCAAGCCACAAUAUGACAUCUGGGGAAACACAGUCAAUGUGGCCAGCCGCAUGGAUUCCACGGGCCUGCCCAAUCACACUCAGGUGACGGAGGAAGUCUAUCAGCUGCUUCGAGACGGGCCCUACCUGUUCCAGUGCCGUGGGAAAGUCAAGGUGAAGGGCAAAGGAGAAAUGACCACCUACUUUCUCAUCGACCGCAAGACCAACCGCUCAGCGUCCAGCCCAAGGGAGGAGGGCGUCUCUGGGGGCAAUCCUAGCACAGUGGCUCAGCGGGAGGAUGAUAGCCUCUCUGGAAGUCUGCCUCCGCACUUAAGCUCAAACUCCCUGCAGCUGAGAAGAGAAAGUGGGUCCACUCCCAACAGCUGGGCAGGGCAGCACCAAAAGGCAACACCCCUGGCACCUCAUGAUGAUGUCCUACCGUACACCCAGCCCAAGCCUAUCAUUGUCUCAAGCACUCCUCCGCAUGGGUCCAGAUCGAGAGUGAAAACCGGAGUGUCUUCCAAGCCGGAGUCCCUUACACGUGGUGACCCCUGGGAGAGCUUGAAACAAAUAAGGGUGCCUCCCCCCUCGCUACCUGGUGACCAAAGUGAGGCUGUGCUGACUGAUGACUGCAGCCUCGACCCCCAGUCAGAAAGUGCGAGCAGUCACCUUGACGACAGGAAUUCUAGCAGUGGUAGUCUCAUAAUGGAAAGUCGCUGUUUAAAUGACCAGCCGUCAUUGCCACAUGGAAGCUUGCCCGGUCCUGGCUUUCCCUUGAUGUUGUUAAAAAAUUCAAACUGUCCUCAAGCAAACUGUAUGUACCCAUAUUCUCAGUCUAUGGGUGACUAUGAGGCAAGUCCCAAUAUCAUUGGCUCAGGUCUCCCUCAAGUUGGUUGCUCUCCUAGCCACAAUGUGAGACAGCCACAUGACGGUAAGUUAAGUCGCACAUUGCCAGAAGCAGUUGCUCCCAAUACAAGGGAGGAUCCAGAGCUUGCAGUGUAUUUCAUAAACGCUUCAGGAUCACGUAAACGAACUCAUGAAGAGGCAGUUAGCAACACGGUGGCAUCGCCUCCGGUUGACUCUCCAGAGCAGGUGCCUCGUAAACAGCUCUGCAACUCGAGUCCGGCAUCGCAACGACUUGUCUGGCAGCAUGGCAAGGUCAGGGCUCCACUCCUGUCUAUGUGCAGCGAUGCUGAUGAGUUGCCCAUAGAAGACUAUCUGGAAAAUGGGAACUGCAGUGUGACAGUCCAGCCAAGAUAUGCCAUGGGCGACAUGCUCAACGGAAACUCUCCGCGUGUUCUCAUGAGGCUUGGCGAGGACUCUGCGGGCAUCGCACUACGUUUGGCCGAAGCAGGCCACCCUCUUAGUGGACCACUGUUGCACCUUGACUCACGAAGCAGCUGGAGCAACGAUGGUUCAAGCGAGGCAGACGAAGAAGGAGCCCCACUGAUGGACAAUCAUGGUGGUGGCUACACGACGGACGACGCGUCGCUUGCCAACGACCAAGGGCUAACAGAUGCGGAGGGGGCCCUAAGCGACCUUAACUCGCUCCUCAAUGAUGCGGGCCACGAAGGGGAUGACACGAGUAUCUCCUCACGUGCCAGCAGCCGCUUGCUCAGCAUUGACUCACUCAGUGUUACUUAUGACUCAGAGUAUGACAACUAUGGAGUUGGUUUCAAUGGUGCCAUGGGCCGCACUGAGGACCUGAGGUCACUCACUGACUGCAUAGCUCGCAACUUCGGCCAUUGCGUGAGUGACAACGAAGACAGUGACGUGCUUGCUUGAUACUUCUCUCCAGCCCCCUUUGCACCCAAAUAGCCUGAUUGGUGACAACUACAAUAUCUUUCUGGCUCUUUUAAAAAAGAUUUGCGUAUUGACAUGCUCAGUAUACAUAAAUGCACAUCUUCAUUUGUUUAUUUCUGCCAUAGCUCGUGUAGUAGUUUCAUGUUUAUCCAAGCUUCGGCCUUCUGUAAUGUUCACUUCUUGGGAUACAUCUCAACUACCUGAAAGACAGACCAUCACAUCCUAAAUGCACAAUAUAAAGAGUGAAUGAAAGGAUUGGCCACAAAAGUUUCAUUGCUAUGUAAACAUAAUUCACAAUGAUAUGUUCGUAAAAGGCUAGGACUCAAGGCUGCCAACCAGAUUACAUAAGUUAGUGACAGACCAACAUGAUGCCAUUUUGUUGUUUCACUCUUUUUCAUAAGUGUCACCAUGACUUUAGGAGUCGUUUUGAGAGGUAUAUUAGAAGAGUUAUAAAGCGUGAGCUUCAGCAGAAUAUUUUUACUUGCUGGCCAUUUAAAGCUGGGCAAGAUUACAAGGUAGCAUAUUGAAAGUAGUGCAAAAAAUGGACGUUACAAAGUGUUUGUGCUAUGUUUCCAGAAAGCUGCACAGCAGUUUCAUACAGAAGUGGCAGCUUGCACUUUAAAUAGUCGUUUUAUUAUGCUCUGAAUCGCCACUUAGUGGAAUUUGAUGUGUAUGCUGGAGUGCACCUACCAUUUCACUCGAAACUAUUUCACUUCAAUGCAGUUUGUUUGUCAAUCUGCUACCCAGCCAACUUUUCCGGGAGGCUGAUUUUUCUGGGUAACCAAAACGUGGCUGUUUCUAGGCUCAUGCUCAUUCAAGACUGCACUGUCAAAAAUUGUAUUUUUGUAGAAGUGGGUGUGAAUGCUUUUUGAGGAGUGGGUCUAGCUGUCUCUUAUUGGGAAUUGUUUAUUUCUUAACACAUGUGAUCUCUAUGAAAAGCACAGUACAGCCUGCUGUAAUAACAUCAUUGUAGUUGGAAUUACUACCGAGUAAGUGUUAAAGAAGCACAUGUGUACUGAUUAUACCACUGGAAAAGAAAGAAAAAUGCUUGCUCUUAUUUUUUAUUUUCUCACAGUGAUAUGCACUUGAACACUUGUCUGGUCAUAACAAUGGCUGGAGAAAUACAACUUCACUGUAAGGCAGGAACAAUAGAGACAUCUAGUUCUUCAGCGUCUGUUUGCAUGAGCUGCCAAACUUGUGUGCACACCUCCAAGCUCAUAACAGUAACAUGCACAAGUGCCUUAGUGUUUCUUGUUCUGACAGCCACUGGCAUUAUCAGCAACACUAGGUCUAUUGGUAAUUGCACCUCAGCUUACGUUUCACAUGCACAUAGAAAAAUUGUGCCACACAGGACCACAGUGUACUUUGGCCUACGUCAUGGCUGAUACAGCGCACAUUCAAUCAUGUCUAUGCCAUGAUCAGUGUGCUAGUGCAGCACCAGUGAUAUGGUGCAAUUAUUUGAAGUGUAGAUAGAAUCCACCUUGAGCUUCAGUGACCCUCUCACCUGAUCUCACUGAUAAUGCCACUGGAUGUUGGUUGAAAGGGCACUGCCAGCUUUAUACUUCAGCAUAGCUAUUGAAGGUACUGAGGGGUGGGCAGUCUUCGCAGAUGGUGUGGUUGUAAUGAACAAGCUCCAAUCCACAAUUUUUUAGUUGUUAUAGACAGCAGAGAACUAGCACGGAUCAGCCGUUUGUGUUAUCUUUUUCACUUUGAUGUUACUGGAGAAUAGUAUCGCUUUAUCACAAGGAAGUACAUAAAAGAUAUCCUGAAAUGCUCGGACAUCACUAUGGUAGAGGUUUGUCGAUGCAGUUCAUUGCUUGGGUGAUCUGUACUUUAAGAUCUCGAAGGUGUGUUUCCACUGCCACUGAGUCUUAGUGGUGGCAGUACCUGCAUUAGCCUCAUGUAUGUUACACUGAACCCAUCGCGUUAUUGUUCAGGGCGUUUGAUAUGUUGCAUAAAAUGUAGGGUUGUCCUUGUUAGGCAGGUUUCAGUGGCUGUGGCCAUUUUAUGUAAACAUUGCACAAGCAUAAAAUGUUGUCUGCAGUUACACUGGUAGGAAUAGUUAGAAUUCAUCUACCACUUUCUGGCCAUGUAUUUUCAAUAGUAUGUACUGGCUUGCUGUUGAACUAGUCAUAGUGGGAACAUAAAUGCAGCAGUUGCAAAGAACUCGCAUGUAGAGUAAGUGCAGUUGAAGUUGAGAGAGCAGUCGAAGGAUUCAGUGUCACUUCAUCUGUUGUCUUUCUCGAGCCCUAAUGCCAGCUUGUAAUAAAGCUUCAGAUUGUGCAGUUUCAUAUGCACAAUAGUAGCGUUAGGUUACAACACAUACAUUUGUUAACUUAUGUUUUGUGUUUUUGUAACUACAGAAAGGUAGGAAGUUUCAGUUAGGUGGAAUUAUUCAUGGCAGCACAUAGUGAAUAAAGUUAGUGAAAAUGUCAGUGAAUAAGAAUGUACAUUUAACCCACGUUUAGAACAGUGCAGCCAUAGGCAAGCAUAUACUCAAAUGACAUGCACCAAACUCACCUGUCUUCCGAAAGCAUUCACACCUAAACUUCUAUAGCAUUUUUCCAUUUCCAGAGGUGACUGUCAUUUUCAUUAAAAGGAUUGUUUGCUAGGUCAA